AUGUCCUCCUCCAUGUCCUACUCCUCAGCUGCCGCAAGCGAAGUCGAUGAGAUUCGUGCUCUUCGCAGGCAAAAAGUGGACAUGUUGGAAAAAUACGAGUGGGAGGUCAAGUCAUUCGCUUUUCGCCAUAGCCUCCAUGGCAAGGCGGACGAUCAGGCCGAAUCCCUCCAGAUGAACCGCCAAUGCUCCGAGCUCCGCCGCGACAUCGCAGACCUCGACGAGCGCCUCAGCAUAGUAAGAUCCACGGUCGGAAGUAGUCGUGCUGGCAGCAGUCGUGGCUCGAAAUCGGGCUCGAAGUACGGCAACGAGCUCGGUCCAGACGACUCGAUCAGUCAGUUUGGAGGAUCAUCGAGGAGCGAGGCUAGUAGGGCUUCGCCAAUGGGUGGAGGGAGUCGGAUCGCUGGACGAUCAUCGGAGGCUGGGUCUCGCAGUGGUCGUUCGGAGUCGAGAUCGCGCGAUGGUCGUUCAGGGACUGGAUCGUAUGCUAGUCGACAGGAGGUUGGGGGGUACGCCAGUCGUAGCUCCUCCAGAGCUCCAAGCGGCUACUACGACGACGAGGCGAGCGAGGCAUCGACUGUACGUCCAAGCAGAUCGUCUUCCAGCGUUGGAGGCCGUUCAGAGCGCUCAGCAUACACUGCUGAGUACCGUCACACCACGGAAGUCCGCCACACCACCGAGAUCCGCGUCCCACCUGGAGUCAGCGGCAGUCACUCGGCCAGCUUCACUUCGAAGGAGAGCUACUCCGGUCGUAUUCGCGAGCCGGGCAGUUUCUCUGGACCGCAUCCGCUGGGCAGUUCGAGGUACCCUGAGCUUCAGCCGGGGAGUUAUGCAGGCGGAUAUGCUUCCUCAAGUGCGAUGGGGUCGUCCAGGGCCGGCAGCACGACCAGCUACUCUUCACGUCCUACAGGCUACACCAGUUCAAGCUAUAGCAGUCGUCCGGGCACUUCAAGCGGAUCCUCACCUCGUAGAUAUGACAGCUAUGCAGGCAGCGAGUCGGGUUUCACCACAGCCUCGAGCCAGUCUGGGUACACAGCCAGGGAGCCAAGACCAGACAACUUCUAUCCCGCCAGCUUGGAUCCACGGUCUCGUCCUGGAACGGAGAAUCGAUCGGGUAGUAGCCGCCACAAUGCUCCUUCAACACACCGCCCAAGUGGUCCGUCGAAAGAGCCUCCUCGUUCUCAAUACCAAGAGAGCACUUCUGGACCGAGAAGAGAACCUUCUCGCUCCGGAUAUGCUGAGAGGUCUUCUUCGACGGCUCGUCAGGACGAUACUCGUAGCCAUUACAGCAGACCGUCCACUCGCAAUGGUGGAUCCUCGAGGACAGCCCGGGAGCACGAGUACACCAGGUCGAGCUCCCGUUACGGCAAUGAGGCUCCUCGUCAGUCGCAGUCCCGCCACACUGAGUCGCCACGUGGAGCAGGAUCCAGCACCAGUCGCGCACCGCCUCGUUCCCACGCCUCGUCGGCUCUGCCUUCACGAGCUACCGUCGAUGCUUGGUGGACCUCCGUUGAUGCCGCUCUCAAGGACUACACCACCAUCCGCAAGUUCCCUGGUCCGCCAGGAGGACUUUGCGGCCGACUGGGCUGUCAAGCGAAUGCGAGCCAACGCGCCCUUACUGCCUGCGAACACAUGGUCAAAAACGCUCUAAUCGUCGCCCAUCCUGACUUAAGAAAGAUGCGUUUGCGAUUUCAUCCUGAUCGCUUCUCGGCCUGCCCUGAAGAUAAACGGGAGGAGUUUAAGAAGAUGGCGUCCGAGAUCUUCGUGGUAAUUGAGGAGUUGAUCGCGGAGAAGAAGUAG